UCCACGCACAACUUCAGACGGUUAGAACGGAGCAGACGUUUAGAUAUUUUCCAACAAUUUGACACAGUGUAACACAUGAAUCAUUUUAUCUUUGAUGUUUGUCCAAGAUUAAACAAGGAUGAAAUGAUACUGUACUGAAUUGCGUUUCCAUGUUUCUUGCUGAAAAAUGCUCCUUUGCAGAUGACAAUUAACCAAUCGGAUUUCUUCAUCAUUUUUAUCCUGAAAAGAGAAAUGAUCGAUUGAAGGUCGGUCCACAAACUCAAGCUAAUCAAAAAUGGUGAAACGGCCUUGAUUCUCUUGUUUGUUAUGUAAAAGUCUAUACUUCUCUCUCCUUACUUGAAUCUGCAAACUCGUAUUGCGGAUAGGCCCUUAGAGAGAAUGCUGAACCGGCUGAACCCUAUCUCUUUAUAAACUUGUUAUGAAGUGGAACUUGCCACUUCAACUUAUCACUAUACAUUUGCUGAUGAAAUUAACGGACCGUUUGUAUUAAAUCAACUGUCAAAAGAAUACGAUUUUAAACUUUCAACCACUUUCAACUAAACACGAAACAUGAGUAUCUAGAGAGGACACAUUCGAUAGUAUCCAACUUUAGACGUAAAGGUGUAAAAUUUGUUCUCAGUAGCUGCACCACAUUGUGUUUUCUGCACUUAAAACGAAAUAGAAACACAAUUCAGACGCUGGAAAGAAAGAGAGAAAGGACAAAUGGUGUAAAAGAAUCAGCUAACGAAACAAACCUGUGUAUUGUCGACCCUGUUGGAGUCGUUGGAGAUUCGAAUUUAUAACGUAAAUUGACGUAACGUAAAUGUGAAGUCGACAAACAUCCGAGAUUUCGUGUUUUGACGGAAUAAUCGCGUGAUGAAUUAAUUUUAAUGCUAGAUUAAACUAUGGAGGACAUAGAUUCGUUGAAAACGGAACUCGUGAACAAAGAUGCGUUGACGCUUAGACAAUUGCUGCUAUCUAAGGUGGAAGAUGUGGACGAAAUCAAAAGGAGUCAGGAUCAACAAUUCAAUGAGAAUGAAACUAAAAUUAAGGAAUUAAUGUCAAAAUUGGCUGCUAUAAAAGAAACCCUGAACACAGAGACUCAAACUUUAGAGCAAAGCAACGUUGAGUUGUUGAAAGAGAAGGAUUGUCUAGAAGAGCUGGAAGCAGAAAAGAAGAAGCUUUUGCAAGAGAUCAAACAGUUGGAAAAAAACCUUAACAGCUUGAAGGCUGCUAAGCCAAAUUUUCAAGAUCAGCAAUUACUGGAGCAAGGAAAGAAAAAGUUGAAAUUGUACAAGGAUUUGAUAAGGAUACAAUGGGAUUAUGAAGCUUCAAAGCACAGCAUUAAAGGCUAUGUCUCAAAUAAACUUGACUAUAUUCAUCACUUUUGUUAUGAAAAUGAAGAGAUUAAUGGCAAAUUAAUCGACUCACUGUGGCAUGAAAUAUAUUCAUCUGUGAGCAAGGAUGAAAUUAAAGAUGAGAAUCUUUAAUUGAAUAUUCCAGUUAAUGUAAAUAUUAUAUCAAAAUAAAAAAAUGUAUAUAGUUUUUAA